AUGAUUUAGCAAAUCCCUUUGGAUAAAUUUUGUGAGAAUCUUGAGACUCGCAACUUAAUUUGGAUUUCAAGCGAUGGUAAACGAAGUGCAACAGAAAUGUUUCACCAAAAAAUUCUAAAAUAGUAUACCCAAAUUGAGAAAAUGUCCUCAUCUGAAAACGAAUACUUAGAUGCAUUAAAAAACAUUAACAAAUACAUGCACAUCAAUCAUUAGCCAGAGUCUCUUCUAAGGCUGCAUAUGUUUUCUAGCGACUUGAUAGUUUCUACAAGUCAUCAAAAAUAAUAUAAAUUACUGUUCCUCGUAGAUUACUUUAACACAGAUUUAAAAGCAUAUUUGGAAAAAAGGAAGGAAGAAAAGAAUUUUUUUAGUUUGAGAGACCUGUUCAAUUGCUAUAAUCAAAUAGCUGAGAGUGUUCUCGUGUCAUACGAGAUUAAAGAAUAAGAAAGAAGUCUAGAAAUAUCAAGAGUUAACAUUAAUAAUUUUGUAUUAAAUGUUAUAUACUAAGGAAUAUUCCCUACUUUAAAGUUCAUUCAUAUCCCAUUUUUAGCAAUUAAAGAUGAGGAAUAGCUUACUACUCAAGAAUAUAUCCGCUAAUAGCAGUAAUAGCAAAAGGUGAUGAAUCAUUUAUCUAAAUUCAAGCAAACCCAUACAAAAUAGUAUAGUUUAUCACCUCAGCAUUCUUAUAAUGGAUCUAGUGCAAACGGAGGUUAAAAUUUUGCAAACUAUACAUCAAGUAUAAAUAACUCAUUAAACGGAAGCAAUGUAAAUACCACAAAUACUACUAUAACAAGUAACAGUAGCUAAUUUAGCGGCAAAAGAGGUUCUCUAUUAAAUAGUCUUCAUUAAGUGUCAUCUAGCCACACUCCUGUGCAUUCUAGGAAUCAUAUAGGAUCCUAAAGGACUGGAUAUCACUAAAAUAAAGCUAACAAUGAAGAUGACAAAUCUACUAUGUCUUAGCAAUAAUAGAGAAAUGCAUCUCCUUCAAAUAAAGAAUAUAAUGCCAAAGAAAAAGGUCAAUAAUUAGAAUAGUAGUUAGUCCUUGACAUGGGAGAAAUUUUCGUACGCAUUGCCAACUUAAGUGUAGAAUAGUGGGAGAGUGAUGAAUAGAUUUAAGAUUAAAUAUAGAAGUAAUAGCCAUCUAAAUUGAAAAAGGGAAUUAGGCAAAUUUAAAUAAAGUAUUCUCAACAACUUGGUAAUCUUAUCUAAAGUAUGAUGAGUCCUAACCCAAACGAAAGACCUCCUCUCAGUAAGAUUCAAAGCAUUUUAUGCAGCAUAGAAAAAGAAGCUUCACUUAACCAGUUAGAUUUAUAAUCCCAAAAACAUGUUAAGUUCGAGCCUAAAGUUGAUCCUGUUGUAUAAAAUAAUACCUAAAAUGUUUUGAAAAAAAUAAAUAUUAAUGAUGUAAAUAAUUUCUAAGAGAAGAAUAAAUUGAUAAGUCUAUCUCCAGUUGAUUAAAAAAGUUUAGUUUUAAUAGAUUUAAAUGAUACAAAGCACAUAUAUCUAGAAAAAAUAGAAUUAGAAAAUGAUAUUAAUUCUAUUGAAGACUACACCAACCAUGAAGGUUGCAAAUGCACAAACAUCUUAUAUGACAACUAAUAUUAAAUAUUUAUAAUGGGUGGCCACAAGUCGUUAAAUACAUAUAAAUAUAUGAGAUACGGCAAUAGCUUAGUUGAGUGUGCUAAAAUGCUAGGAAAAACUAGUCGUCACUCUUUUGGCAUUUGUUCAAUAUACACAGACAUUUAUGUAAUUGGAGGAUGUGAUGGAGAAAUUAUAACAAAUUAAUGUGAGAGAUAUGACACUCGUACUAAUUCAUGGAAAAGACUUUCUCCAUUACUCACACCUGUGAAAAAUGCUAGUGUUUGCAUAUUUAAUAAUUAACUUAUAUUUAAAUUUGGUGGAAUACUUUAUGAUAAAUCACUAUGCCAAACCAUUGAAAAAUACGAUACAACAACUGACACAUGGACUCCAGUAAAAUAUUAAAUUGAACCUUAAGCCAGAGAAAAUUUCUAAAUUUUGAUUAACUGUCUUCCAGUGCAAAUUAAUGAAAUGUAAAUCAUAGUGUUUGGUGGUGAUAGGGGUACAAAGGACCCUUAAAAUCAGGCCAAGCAAAGUUUCUUUUUAAAUAUAUACUCUAAUGCUGGAUAGUCAGUAUAUGAAGUUUCAGAGUUGAACACAUUUGCAACACUACCUGACUCCACUCCUCUUUAUUAUGAUCAAUUUUCAAUAAAUUCAAACGAAUUGCUAUUUUUAUAAAUGAAAAACAAAAAUAAUGCAGCCAAAGUUAUAAGUUUCUCAUGGCCAGGAGGUUUAAAAGUUCUAAGAAGUGAUUUAAAAUGGUGA